UACAGUGCGUAUAUCAAGAGUUCGAGCAGCCAGUAAUCACGAACGAAACGGCGUGACGUCAAGGUCCCGGUAGAAAAGGCGCGGUGGGUUUGCUCACGUUUGGAGAGGGAAGAGCGCAGGGAACCUCACUGUCUUCACUGGAUUGUACAAACCCAAAGUGUCCUCAACUCCUCCUCUUUCUCAGUUGCUUGCAUACUGCAUGCGGGACGAACAACAACAGCUAAUGCUGUAGAUGACAGGACAACCACCUCAUUUGUUAGAACAAACCUUUGAGUUGAUUUGUACCCAAGCUGAAGCCUACUGAAAUUGGACAUUUUUGGUGUGCGUGUGAUGACAAACUGUCGCGGAGGAGGUGAAGAGACGUGGAUGAAGAUAUAACCACUUGCAGAAUCUGAAUCGUCAUUGUAGUCGUUCCUCCCAGGCAUUUCGGGAUUAUAUAUUUUUUAUUCUUCGGCGAUGCAAUAACGGAUUUGUGUGUGUGUGUGUGUGUGUGUGUGUGUGUGAGUGAGUAAUGACCGGCGGCAGUCAUGCUCCAAAACUGAUUUCUGAAAAGACAAGAAAGAAAAACUGAACUCUUACACUGACAAAUGCAUGUCCAAAAUGUGGUAACUGAAAGUUACUCACGAAGAAAUAGGAGGGUCCAGUGUCACACAUGUAGAGGGGCUUCAGUAGCUGGUAUGUCCUCAAAGCUCCGGAAUGCUCUCAUAGGCUAAAACCGAUCUGGCUGCAUGUUUUGCAAUCUCACACUUCGAUGCAUUUAAAAGAAUCCAUCAGAAUACGGAGUUGACAGUUCUGAUAAACGAACACCGUUUAGACCGAUCAGAUCCUCCAAACGGGAAUUAUUUGAUGAGAGCGAGAGAGGCCAUAUGAACUGCACAGGGCUAGAAGUGCGUCUCACGGAAAUCUUGGGUUGCAGAUCUGACGGAAACACGUGCUAUUCGGUCUCAUCUGCGGCAACGAUGCUUUUCCACGGUCUGCCUGGAGGCGAGAUGCAUGGUGUUAUGGAAGAAAUGGAGCGGAGAGGAAAGAGCGAUUCGGCGACUAUCAGCUCGGCCAUAGAUAUGGGGGAAACAGAGACGAGCAUGCCUUCGAUCAGCGGGGAGCGGCUGGCUCUGUGCGCGGGCUGCGGAGGGAAGAUCUCUGACCGCUAUUACCUGCUCGCCGUGGACAAGCAGUGGCACAUGCGCUGUCUGAAGUGCUGCGAGUGUAAACUCAACCUGGAGUCUGAACUCACCUGCUUCAGCAAAGACGGAAGCAUCUACUGCAAAGAAGACUAUUACAGACCAAAACAGCAUGAUGUAAGACUACAGCAUAAUGCAGAUUAUUAUGCAUGCACAGCAACACAGCUAAUACAUUUUGCGUUUUUGGAUUCAGCAUUGAGCUGCAACGAAAAUGACGGCGAUCCAAUGGACAGAGACUCGCAGUACAGCACCAGCCAGAAGACCAAGCGCAUGAGAACGUCAUUUAAACACCAUCAGCUGAGGACCAUGAAGUCAUAUUUUGCCAUCAACCACAAUCCUGACGCCAAGGACCUGAAACAGCUGGCCCAGAAAACAGGCCUCACCAAGCGUGUUCUACAGGUCUGGUUUCAAAACGCUCGGGCCAAGUUCAGACGAAACCUCCUGCGCCAGGAUAACACGGGUGUGGACAAGGCCUUGGAUGGGUCGACCCUGCCUGGAGGAACGCCAUCCGGACCGGCCUCAGAGAUUUCCAACGCCUCCAUGAGCCCAUCCAGCACUCCCACGACCCUCACAGACCUGACCAACCCCACAAUGCCCACCGUCACCUCCGUACUGACCUCCGUCCCGGGCAGCCUGGACGUUCACGAAUGCCGGAGUCCAUCGCAGAGCACCUUAACCAGCCUCUUCUGAUGCUCAGAUUGCUCAGCACCUUCAUCUGCUUCCUCCAUUUGUGGAGCCACCUAAAUCAGAAAUCAAACAUGAGUAUGAGCAACCAUGCUAGUCGUUCACAAACUACAUCUGUCUGAAACAUAAACCGAUCUACCUGGGCAUUUUUGUACAGGCCAGGAACUUUACAAACGUGGCCGAUCCAAUUCAAGAGACUAAAAAACGAGACGUGAAAAAGAACUCUUCGUUUAGAGUAUUGCAUUUUGGGGCAGACUCAAGUUUCACUGAAGGAUCUGUUGAUAAGAGAGUAAUUUGCAUUUUAUUUUCUGUUUUGUUUUUUUCAUGUUUUCCCCCAACCAUGCUUACAGAGAGAGAGACUGAGCUGGGAAAUGCAUUUGUUCGUCAACCUCUUAUUUAUGUUCACGCACAGGAGUCAGUGUGAGGAAACUGGAUUAUAAUGUGAAUAAUUACAGCGUAAUCUAGCCUGACUGUCACGUGCCUUAUCCUGCAGUGUAGUCACUGAAGCCCCUUUAGCAACGCUAAACGAACUACAUCAGAAAAUGUGUACUUUCAUUUGUUGGAUGAUGAAAAUGGUUAAGUAAAUCACAUGUGCACGAAAACACACACACGAUGAAGAGCUGAUCAUAUACUCUCAUUCCAACAUAUUACCUCACUCAGAAAUCACUGGAUAUGAUAGCAGUACAUAUGAAACCUGAGAACACGUUUCAUGCACUGGGAGAGAAAACGGCUGUGGAGAGUUUGUACAAAGAAAAACCUUGAUCGGAGGAGUGCAUCACAAACAAACACUGAUUUAUGGAAUGAAACAUUUUUUUUUGUUCCUCAUUCGGUUAGGUGAUUUUUUUCUUCUCAACCAUUAAGAUGUGACAGUGUUGGAGACAGGGUAAAUGUUUCCAUGGUAACCAGAGGCUGCUUGUUGAAAUGCUGUACAGUUUUGACAGAUUAUUGAGAAAUUUCGAGUCCACUCCCUGCAG